AUGCCGUCUUAUCUUAUCACCGGGGCCUCUAGGGGCAUUGGAUGGGAGUUCCUUCGCCAGCUCUCCAGUGAUACGAACAAUCUCGUGGUCGGGCUCGUUCGCAACAAGACAGCAACCAAGGAGAAAGUGAAGCAAGAAUUGUCCGAGCGUACAAAUAUCCAUAUCAUAGAGGCCGACAUAACUGACUAUGCUGCUUUGAAGGUGGCCGCAGCUGCGGAGACAGCAUCAAUCACCGGUGGAGGGCUGGAUUAUCUGAUUGCGAACGCGGGUCUCGUGUCCCAUUGGGAUAUUUAUGAGCCGAUAGGAACUUUGGGACAACAACAGCCCGAGGCCCUUGAGGAAGAGCUGAACAAAUUGUUUAAAAUCAAUGUUGUCAGCCAGAUCCACUUGUUUAACCUGUUCCUACCCCUGAUUCUCAAGGGAGACACUAAGAAGAUUAUCGCCAUCUCUAGUGGAUACGCUGAUCUAGAGACUGUCACUAAGUGGGACAUCGAGAUCGCUUCCCUCUAUGCUAUCAGCAAGGCAGGCCUCAACACCGCUGUGGCUAAGUUCAGCACACAGUAUGCCAAAGAUGGCGUCCUCUUCAUGAGCAUUUGUCCCGGGAUGGUUGAUACGGGCCACUUUGUUGACGCAACGGAAGAGCAAAUGCAAGGGUUGGGAGGACUUCUGGGUUCCCUGGCCCAAUUUGCUCCCGGUUUCGCGGGUCCCAGCCCCCCCGAGCCUGCGGUAAAAGCUGUGAUCUCUGUGAUGGAAAAUGCAAGCGUUGAGAAGGGCGACGGCGGCUCUUUCUUAUCGCACUUCGGCAACAAGCAGUGGCUGUAG